AUGGAGGAGCUGCCCACAACGACAACAACGCCAAAGGAGGCGGAGGGGGAGAAGGAGCUGCGACUGGCAGAGGAGGCGCACAAGGGCUACAUUCGUCGGCUGAGCGGCAAGACGAAGGGCUUCGAGCACUGGGUCACGGAGCACCUCAAGAUGAGCGGCCUCUACUGGGGCCUCUGCGCUCUCGACAUGCUCGAUGCCCUCCCCACCGACGACGAUGACGGUGGCGCCCAGGCUGCCAAUAAGGAAGAGCAGCAGCAGGGCGCAGAAGAUGAGCAGAGGUCGACGCCCGCCGAAGGUGCAGGCGAGGAGGCGGAGGAGGCAAAGGGACCCAAGCGCAAGGAGCUGGUGGCGUGGGUGCUGGCGUGCCAGCGCGAAAACGGCGGCUUCGGCGGUUCCAUCGGGCACGACGCCCAUCUCCUCUACACCCUCAGCGCCAUCCAGGUGCUGGCGAUCCUGGACGCGCUGGACAAGGUGGACCGCGACCGCACGGCCGCCUACGUGGCCUCUCUGCAGCGGCCCGACGGCGCCUUCAUGGGCGACGAGUGGGGCGAAGUCGACACCCGCUUCGUCUACUGCGCCCUCAACUGCCUCUCCCUUCUCGGCCGUCUCCCCGCCAAGGAGGGCCAGGGCGGCGCGGGCGUGAACGUGGAGAAGGCCGUCGAGUACCUGCUGCGGUGCCGCAACUUUGACGGCUCGUUCGGGUGCGUGCCGGGCGCCGAGUCGCACGCCGGGCAGACCUUCACCUGCGUCGGCGCCCUGGCCAUCGCCUCCACCCUCCCCGCCUUCGCCCAGUCGCCCGCGGCGGGCGGCGACCACCGCGCGGUGCUGGAGAAGUGGAUGGACGCCGAGCAGCUCGGGUGGUGGCUGUGCGAGCGGCAGGUGGAGAACGGCGGCCUCAACGGGCGGCCCGAGAAGCUGGCCGACGUGUGCUACUCGUGGUGGGUCCUGUCGGCCCUGUGCCUGCUCGACCGACUGGCGUGGAUCGACGCGGGCGCGCUCGAGCGGUUCAUUCUGCAGUGCCAGGACGUCGAGUCGGGCGGCAUCGCCGAUCGGCCGGGCGACAUGGUGGACAUCUUCCACACCUUCUUCGGCAUCGGCGGCCUCUCGCUCCUCGGCUAUGCCCACGUCGGCGAGGGCGACCUCCGCAUCGACCCGGCCUACGCCCUCACCCGCCGCACCUGCCGCCGCCUCGGCCUCGCCCUCCCCUGGGACUCCUCCAACUAA